GUAUAAAAGGGAAUGGGAACCCUCCAAAGAGUAUCCAGUUCAAGAUAUCACUUCUUAAGACAACCAAACCAAACAUGAAAACUUUGAUUAUCCUCUCCCUCUGCGCUGCAGCAUUUGCUGGCAGCAUCCACGGUGGUGGUGGUGGUGGUGGCUACUCAGGUGGCGGCGGCGGCGGCGGUGGUGGUGGUGGUUAUUCCCGAGGGGGUGGCGGAGGUGGCGGCGGAGGAGGACAAGCCGCCCGACGACCUCAUCAAACUUAUGUUUUUAAUACCGAUGAUGGUGGUUCCGAUGCUGGUUUGAGAUACUUGUCCUUCGCCCAAGGUGCCGGUUUGCAAACUUCCGCUAUUGGAGGAGGUGGAGACGGUGGUUCAACCAUCAUCAUCCGAGGAGGAGGAGGUGGUGGUGGUAACGGCGGCGGUGGCAGCGGUGGGGGUGGCUCUUCCCGAGGAGGAGGAGGUGGUGGUGGUGGCUUAGGAUUCGGAUACUCUGGAUCCAAUGGAGGCGGAGGUGGUGGCAGUGGAUGGGUGAUCUAUCCUAAAAGGCAAUGAAUUGAUUCAUCCUGGGUCUAUCCUUAUUGGACGGAUAGAAAAACUGACCAAAAUCAUGCGACCACAAGUUUUUUUGUAUUAUUGAAUUUUAUUCUCAAACUGUAUUCCCUUGCCGUGAAUAAAACGUUUGGUUGACAAAAAUUA